AUGCGGCUCACGCUCUCUACCGUCGGCGUCGUUCUGGCCCUUGUCCACGUGGUCAUCGCCGGCCCGGCCCCGAAGCUAACCCAAGAUGCGAGCUGCGGAGCGGCCAAGGGCACUUCUUGCCAGGGCUCUCAGUGGGGUAAUUGUUGCUCUAAGAACGGCUGGUGCGGAAGUUCUAAUGCAUACUGCGGCGCCGGCUGCCAAGUCGGCUACGGAUCCUGCAAUGGAGUGACGAUGUCCGCCAACGCGGCGACCAUCCAGACCACGUCAGCCUCGACGUCCUCGAGCGGCACGGCCAACCCUCCGGCCCUGAAAAUCAGCGAGAACGCAAAGUGUGGGAAUGAAUUCACUUGCCAGGGCUCCUCGUUUGGAAACUGCUGUAGUAGGAACGGUUGGUGCGGCAGCACUGAAGCCUACUGCGGUGCUGGCUGCCAGUCCGCCUUUGGCAGCUGCAACGGUUUGACCAAUCCCUCCGGUACCACGUCCAACACUGCACCCACCGGUGCUAUUAACCUCUCCACGCUCAAGGUCAGCACGGAUGCUAAGUGCGGCAAUGGCUUCACCUGCCAGGGCUCGCUGUGGGGUAACUGCUGCUCCAAGAACGGAUGGUGCGGAAGCACCAAGGACUAUUGCGGGACGGGUUGCCAGAGUGCUUUUGGUGCCUGCAACGGAGUGACAACGUCGCGGUCGUCGACGACAACUGGCAUGGUAACAGCAGGGGCUGUGUCUUUGAGCCUCGGGUCAUCUUCGAUUCCGACUACUACCGGCUCGUCGUCCGCCCCGACUUUGACUAUUACCACCACAUCUGUCGUGCCCACUGUGUCGUCCAUGGGCAGCUCGUCAACUAGCUCAUCGGCCGGGGGAGGCAUCACCAUCACUGUCAACCCUUCAAUGACUACGUCUACAUCUACUAGUGGCUCACCGGCAAGCUUGUCCACUUCCACCACCGGCUCGUCUGAGGCAACUGCUGGUACGUCUUCGGUUGAGCCCAGCACCCUGGCAACCACAACCGCCUCCCCGUCGACCAGUGAUACUUUGACCACUGCUGUGGACGCGUCUUCGACAGCUGUAUCUGCAUUGAGUACUAGUUCUACGUCGUCUGCCUCUGUUUCCUCUGAUACCAGCGAUACAGUUACAGUCACCUCGACGAUAUUGAACACUGCCUCCACCUCUGCCUCGUCUGCUACUAGCUCUAUGACCUCUACCGAUACUUCUGCCUCUGAUACUAGCUCUACACUGUCUACCAUAGCUUCUGUGAUGAGCGCUUCGGUGGCCAGCACAGACUCAACUUCCAGCUCGGCUGCCAACUCUCUUACAUCUGCGUCCGACACGGAUGUAACCGUAAGCCCGACCACUGCGACUAGUGCGAGCUCUGGGACAAGCACUUUGUUGACCAGCAGCGCUUCAACAUCGGAUACAGCCUCGCUAAGCUCCACAACGGCUACUGCAGGGACAGAAACAACCCAAUCCCCGACGUCCUCAACUGCAACAGGAGCCUCUGAGUCUUCCCUGGAGGCUGCCACUUCGCUGACUGCCACAUCAUCGACCACAGCAACCGAUUCAACCCCGCCAACCAGGACCGACACAGUCUCGCUCGCCACCACCUCUUCGACAACAGACACGCCAUCGUCAGCCGCUGCCGCAACGACCUCGCCAACCACUUCCGCCUCGACGACGGCUAUCACCAGUAGUCCUGAUGCUGCGAUUACGACUGCUGCUGCUACAACUUCUGAUGCAGGCCCAACCUCCGCUAGCGCUGCAGGGUCGUCUACCGAGGCAGACGCUACGUCAACGGCUGCUAACACCGACAGCCUUGGCUCAUCCACGUCCAGCGUCGCCACUACUGAGUCUCUAACUUUGACGAUAACCACGGCGGAUAGCGCCACCUCGGGGACUCCCAGCACCGCCGCUGGCACUGUUGACGCUACGACCUCUAGCUCAACAACCAUUGUGGACAGCACCACAGCAACUGCCAGCGCCGUAGGCGACAGUUCAACAUCUUCUAGGGAAACGUUGUCUGAUAGCGCCUCCAGUACUGAGACAGCAAGCUCCGCCGCCGUGGUGACAACUACGGAUAACGCUACUUCAUCAACCGCUUCAAGUGUGACCGGUGCCACCGAGUCUAUGGCUUCUGCCUCAGACACAGCCACUACGGACAGCAACACUUCUGAAGCCAGUACGAGCAUUGUAACUGGUACUGGUGCUGAACCCACUACAUCCGCUCUGGAGACCUCAUCUGGUAGCGCCCCCAGUGCCGAGGCGACAACUACGGAUAAUGCUGAUUCAGCAACCGCUUCAAGCGUUGUCGGUACCACUGAGUCUACGGCCUCUGCCUCAGACACAACCACUGCGGACAGCAACACUUCGGGCGCCAUGACGAGCUUUGUAACUAACACCAGUGCUGAACCCACUACAUCCGCUCUGGAGACCUCAUCUGGUAGCGCCUCCAGUGCUGAGACGACAAGCUCCGCCUCUGUGGCGACAAUUACGGAUAGCGAGUCUACAGCCUCUGCCUCAGACACAACCACUGUGGACAGCAACACUUCGGGAGCGAGUACGAGCUUUGCACCUGGCACCAAUGCUGAACCUACUACAUCCGCUCUGGAGACCUCGUCCAGCACCGUUUUGGCUGGAAAUACUGAGACUACAAGCUCGGCUUCAUUGCAGUCAACUCCGGAUAACAUUAUCCCAGGCACCACGUCAGACAGUUUUAUUGACACCACCGCUGGAGUCUCAAUGUCUACCUCGACUAUAUCCACAGCGGACAGCAGCACCUCGGUAGCUAUCACAAGCACUGUUAUUGGCACCACUGCUGAGACCACAGCAUCUGUUCUGGAAACCUCAUCCAGUACCGUUUUGGUUGACAAUACUGAGACUACGAGCUCAGCUUCACUGACGGCGACCACGGAUAGUGUUAACUCAGGGACCACCACAAACGAUCUCACUAGCACCACUACGGAAGCCUCGGUCUCUGCCUCGGCCACAGCCUCAGUGGACAGCAAUAACUCGGAAACCACUACAAGCAGUGCUGCUAGCAACACUGCCAGCACCGAUGCUGAGACUUCAUCUAGUAGUGUUUCGGGUGCCACCAGUGAGACUACCAGUUCGGCCUCAUUGGAGACGACUACGGCUAGCGUUAUCCCAGGGAACACGUCAAACAGUAUUGUUGGCAUCACUACUGAAGUCUCGACUUCUACGUCUGCAACAGCGACUACGGACAGCAGCACCUCGGUAACCACUACGAGCAGUACUGAAAGCACAGCUGCAGAGACUUCAUCUGGCAGUGGCUCAGGUGCAAGCAGUGAGACUACCAGUUCAGCCUCGGCGACGGAUAGCGCAACCUCGACCGCGCCAACAACAGAUGCUACGUCAGUUUCAUCUACAGUCACAGUCGUGGAUACUACCACCCUGGGCACUAGCACCUCAUCAGCUGGGGCUGACACAACGUCGACUACUGUUGUAUCAUCAAUCGCGGAGGCUUCUACAUCUGCAAGCUCAACUGCGGCGGCGACGACAGACGCUGCCACCGUUGCGCCGACUGUCGUCGCUAGUGAAAGCACAACAGCCCUGGCUACCAGCACUUUGCCAGCCAAUACUGAUACAGCCACGAUUUCCAGUGCUGCGACAUCGACUGAGGCAUCUUCUGCAUCAUCAAGCUCAACCAUCAUCGCUGCAACCGAUGCUACGACUGUGGUUCCGACCACGUCUAGCUCCACUGCUGCGACAGAUGCUACAGAUGCUACACUGACUGUAGACCCUGCAACUUCCAGCUCAGGCGGAUCAAGCUCUAAUACCAUCAUUCCGCUCGCUACUGAUGUUACGACUACUUUUACCACGGCCACAUCGAGCUCCACCUCCUUGGCUGCCACGGACCUUACGGUCACUGUAACUCCAACCACGACAAACUCAGCCACCAGCUUCACCGCUGCAACGACUGUAGUCCCGACCACGUCGAGCUCCACCGUCGAGACAGAGAUGACAACUACCGUAGACUCCACAACAUCCAAUUCAGGCACAUCAAGCUCCACUACCGUCAAUCCGGUAACCACUGAUAUUACGACGACUGUGGUCCCAACUACGUCAAGCUCCUCGGCAGUUUCUGGCACCUUGACUUCCACGGAUGCUACGACCGCAGUAACGCCGACCACGAGCUCAAGCACCAGCAGCUCAACCGCAGGAAACCCAACCACUACCGCCGCUGCAAACCCGACCACAACUACUGCCGCCGGCUCCAAUCCGACUACAACCACUACCGCCGGCUCUAAUCCAACUACAACCACUACCUCCGGUGCCAACCCAACCACAACCACUACUGCCGGUGCCAACCCGACCACAACCACUACCGCCGGCUCCAACCCAACCACAACUACUGCCGGUGCCAACCCAACCACAACCACUGCCGCCACCGCCAACCCGACUACAACUACUACCGCCGCUGCAAACCCAACCACAACUACUGCCGGUGCCAACCCAACCACAACCACUGCCGGCGCCAACCCGACCACAACCACUGCUACUGCCAACCCGACCACAACUACUGCCACUGCAAACCCAACCUCAACAGCAGUGUCUGUAAAUGGGUCUUUGCGCCGGUACUACAAGGCUGAAGCGCCGGCGUGCAAAUACGACCGGCACAACUUGGACCAAUCAAGCCUAGCGAUCCCAGGCGGAGACAACAGCGGCAACGAUUACAAAAAGGCCACGCUGGACUGCCAGGCCUCCUGCAAAGCCAUCACAACAUGCAAGACGUUCUCCAUUUAUGUUCCUACUACGGGUAAUCAAUACACAUGCACUUUGGACGCACGGUCGUAUGCAGCCAAUUCCAUGACGUGCAGCUCCAAUGUCAGGUACAGCGCCGUGUACGACGCCCCGCCGGUCCAGAACGCCCGCAGGGAUGUCGGGGCGUCGCGUCCGGAGAUCGCGAGGCGUGCCGCCAGGGCCGCGAGGGACCUGGCGUACGAGGGCUACGCUGACGUGGACUGGGUCGCUGCUGGAGAGGUCGAGGCCGAAGAGCAUGAUGCUAUUGACAGCGAGAGGUUGGAUUUCGACGACAUUGACGAGGUAGAGAAGCUGGAGGCGCGCGGGCAGCCGUCCGUCAAGAAGCCGGGCUGUUUGGGGAGGGUUUGCGUGGGUAAUCCUUUUUAG